UCCGUUUUACUUUAUGUGGUGUGAGUGUAGUAACUAGUAACUCGUGCUGUUUACGGUAGUGUCUACAAUCUUUAGUCUACACGUGAUUUAGGUUAAGUUAGAAAAGAGAAUUAGCUCUAUACUAAUUUUUAGUUGGGUUAAGAUCGUCAGUGUCAAUAAUAUAGAUUUAAAAUCAUGAAGAAAGGACGCUCUUUGAAAAGAAAAUUCGAAUCUAUACCUGAACAAAAAGAAAAGGAAGAUUUACCUCCUCCGCCAUCUCGCUCAUCAGAUGAACCAAUUCCGAAAAAGACAAAGUGGACAAACAGAACAAGAGUAUUGGUGUUUGCCACCAGGGGUAUUACACAUCGAGAUCGUCAUCUUAUGCGAGACCUGAGAACUAUGUUGCCACAUUCAAGGGAUGAAAAUAAAAUGGAGCGUGGAGAAAAUUUCUUGGCAGUCAAUGAAAUAUGUUCAAUGAAAAAUUGUGACAAGUGUAUCCUACUAGAAAGUCGCCACAGGUCAGAUCUGUACAUGUGGAUAUCUAACAUACCUUCAGGACCUUCGGCGAGAUUCUUGGUGGAAAGUAUUUACACAAUGGGAGAGCUGAAACUUACAGGCAACUGUCUCAAGGGAUCAAGACCUCUUCUGUCAUUUGAUGAAAAUUUUGAUUCCAACCCUCACUAUGCACUACUCAAGGAACUCUUCACCCAGAUAUUUGGGACUCCUGCUCACCACCCAAAGAGCCAACCGUUUUUUGAUCGAGUGGUGACAUUCUCUGUUCUAGACAACAGGAUAUGGUUCAGAAACUACCAGAUACUUACUGAGGAUGGAGCAUUGGCUGAAAUUGGACCAAGAUUUGUGUUGAAUCCAAUAAAAAUAUUUGAGAACAGUUUUGGAGGAAGAACUGUCUGGGAAAAUCCAAGAUAUGUAACACCUGCAAAAUACCGUCAGCAGCUGAAACUAGCUGCAAGUAAUAAGUACGUGGACAGGAAACAACAGAAAGCUGCUUUUAUUGCAUCAAGGCCCAAGGAGUCAUAUGUGUCCAAACCAAAUGACGACAUAUUCGAAGGUAACCCUCUGGAAAAGGCAAAAGAGAUCAGUGAAAAAGUAAAGAUAUUAAAAGAGCUAAACCAACAGACACUUCCGAAGACCAAGCCUUUCAAAAAGAACACUAAGAAAAGUAUUGGAGUGAAGGUGAAGUCAGGCAUUGAACCCACGAAGAAUAUCCUUACAAAGAAACAGAAAAACAAAAAAUUGAAAAUGUCAAAAAUACAAAAUAAAUUUUCUGUCUCGUAAA